GCCCGAUCAGCCGGAUCGCCGCAGUAAACAGCUGGCGACGCGUAUGUCAAGAGCGCGCGCGCGCUAGAGAGGAGAGAGAGACGGAGCAUCGAGAUGUCGAGCGCGAGCGGGCCGCGCUAGUUGCCUUCCUGCCGGGGAAACGGGGAAUACGAGAGUCGACAGCUGUGCUCGGUUCGACCUCUCGCAGGCCGAGUCCCUCUACGACGCCAUCGCCGACCCGAGGCGCGUCGCGUCGAUCCCAAGCACUCGAGUCCUUUGUCUCUCGGAGGGCGCACGCCAGCGGCGCAGCCGAAGCCGUCGACGCGACGCGCCGUGAGCGUCGCCGUCGUCGAGGAUCGAGGUUAGGUCGUCCCGAGACCGCGGCCCGAAGUCGCCCUUCGAGGGGAGCUCGACCCGAACUCCGGGAGACGAGGCCACUCGAGGAAGACGACGCCGCGACCAAUCGCGGCCCGCCAAGGGACGCCGCAACCAAUCGGGGACGAGGAUCGCCGGCUACAGGGGAAACUCGCGGAGGAGGAUAACGGACCUCGAGAAAGCGCUUUGUUUUGGCGAGCAGCUGAUCGAGCGUCGCUCACGGCGAAGGGGACGCGAGGUUAGGUCACCGUCGAACCUGAUCGCCCGGAGAACCUGGACGGGAGGCGAGCUGUCCGGCCGAACUCAGGAGAGCGAGCAGGAGCAAGGUUAGGAGGACCAGACCGAGGAUUAAAUGUUGCGGGAGAUAGAGGGGAGAAACUGGACGGGAAGGCAGUUACAGGACUGACGGGUGAAACCUUCGAUAAGGGUUGUCUGGAAAUGUACUUUUAGAAGGGAGAUCGGGAUGAAAUACAUAGUUCCUUGAAAGAGAGACAGGAGUUAAGGCAUUUCAUUGGACAUCCUGGGGAGGAACGAGGAAGUUGCGAGACGUCGCAUGCUCGGUCGAUUCCUUCAUGCAAGGGAAAUCGUUAACAAAGAAACGUCGAGUCCUUCGAGGGGUUGCUCUGUGAAACCCAAGCAACUCUUGGAAACCUCUGAGUUUGAUAAUCGUUGGUGACUCGAAGAGGCCAAAACUACGGUUACUACGCCGAGGGAGCAAUCGUUCCACGAUCUGAAUGAAACUUGCUACCGAUCUCCAAGAUCCGGGAGAAGGACCGACCGACGUUUUCGAAGUGGAGAAGAGGCGGCCAAAAGUUUGCUGAUAAAUGAGGCCCAGAUCAACGGGGGCCGUCCUCGCGAGCUGUGGAAUCCGUGGGGUACGGCCCCGAUCAAGCUGACUACCAGAGACCGAAGAAGCCGUGUCGUCGACGAACGGUAGGAGGACAUCCGGAUGCCGGUGUCGACCCACAGGAGAGGUGCUUCCUUACGGCAGUAUUUUCAAAGGCGCUGAAGCUCGACCGGCUUAAAGAUGCUGUACAUAUUUCACGUGGACACUGGCACCACCAUCACCUUCGACAUAAAGCUUGCACUGCAAAGCGUCUCCCAGCUGAAGGAAGCGAUCGAGAGGGAAUGUGGAGUCGUGGCUGCUCAUCAGGUUCUGCUGAUGAGCGGAGGCGAGAGCCUGGAACCCAACGCUCGCGUUUGCUCCUACUCGGCAGGGACUGACACCAAUCCGAUCUAUCUCUUCAGCAAAGCAGCCAUCGAGAGCCAUCAUCCACCCACGCCCAGCAUAGACUACGGCUCCGAUGUCGACCUUCAGAGUCAGAUCGACGCGUCGCUGGCGAUGCCCGCGACCUACCACACCCUGGUCGCAAGGGCUCAGCUUGCUCAGCAGUGCUGCGGCUUGGCGAGGGAGCAGACCAGGAUCUGCGAGAGAUUGGUCCACGAUCAGCAUCUCCAGCAGCAAGGAUGGGCGGCGGUGGUCGCCAACCUCGAAGACAUCACCCAGAUGUUCCAGUCGAGGGCCGAUCUCCUCCACCAGAGUUUCUCCCUCUACCUCGCCGAGAGGCAGCAGCACAUGGAGCUCCUCGACAACUUCAGCAACGAUCUGGGCACCCUGUCGAAGAUCCCCAUUCUGCCCGCUUUGCGAGCCCAGGCCGAGGGAUUCCUCAGCCUUGAAGAGAUGCCCUCGGAGGAGGAGAGCCCUAGCAGCGACAAGGUGCUCAGCUUGCUGAAGUGGAUCUCCGCCAAGGACAACCAGAGCAGUUUGGAGCAGGUCGCGGAGCAGUGUUCCAGGGGUCUGGAGCAGUUCGACGAGCGCGUCAUGGAGGCCCUGAAGACGGAGGUGAACGCGGCGGUCGAGGCGGCGAACAAGCAGGACAUGAAAGAGAUCAAGGGCCUGGGGGAGCGCCUUUUCGCCCUGGAGCAACUGAUGGCGCAGACAAAGAAGCUGGUCCAGGAGCAAGGCGAGCUCGCCCAGGGGUUCCUGCAGAACCAGAACCGCGCGAAUAAUCUGGGAGACGCGAGCGUUCUGCCGGAUCUCUGCAUGUCCCACCGUCGUCAGCUUCUCGUCAUGCUGCAGAACCACAACCAGCUGCGCGACAUCAGGCGCAGGUGCACCAAGGCCAAGGAGGAGCUCUCGGUGAACAUCUACCACAGGCUGAAGUGGAUCACGUACGUGGAGAACAAGAUGAUGGAGGUCGACGGAAAGCUGGUCAUGUACCACGAGAGCCUGAAGCGCCUCAGGCGACACCUCGAAGUCCUUCAACAGAUACACCUAGCUCCGCAAAUGUACAUGAACGCGGUCGCCGAGGUCGUCAGACGGAGGAUCUUCUCCCAGGCGUUCCUGGUCUGGGCUAGCAAUCUCGCCUGCCAGCUCCUGACCGUGCACAGCGACGAGCUGGCCAGGAGACGCGAGUUCCAGAACAAGUUCGAGGGCCACUUCCUGAACACCCUGUUCCCGGGCCUUGAGGACACUCCUCCGCCAUUCGCCACCCAAGCUCCGUCCGUCUUCGACGCCGACUUGCCUAAGCUCACGGUGGAAGACAUGAACUCCCUCAAAGAGCAGAUCCCGGACCUCGCGCUGGCGCUGUCGGCGCCAGACCUGGACGGCAUCACCCGGUUCUUCCUGUCGAAGAGUCUCACCGAGGACGGAAGCGAGGACAAGAAGGACAAGAACACCGACGAGGCCGCCAAGGACCAGGAACGAGAGGGCCCGCCGACACUUGGGGACCGCGGCGGCUUCGAGUCGGAGACCGACACCGAGGAGUUCGAGAAGAUCAGCCAGGCCACGGCGGACUCGAAGCUGACCUCCUACGAGAGCGGGAAGCAGCGUCGCCAGAAGCCUUUGGAGGUUGGUCGAUCAUCGUCUCCCUCCUCAUCCACCUCGACUAACGCCUCGCCGAUCAGCUCGAAAAUCGCCGACCCUUGUCUGAAUCGUUCCUCGUCGUCGAGCGAGCCCGGCUCCUUCCAUUUCCCCAGCCUCUCCGGGGAGCGCCCUACGCAGCUGAGCCCGCUGGCCGAGUGCGCCGAGAACCCGGAGGCCUCCUCCAGGGCUAACGACCGCUCGCGAACCCGCCAGAACCCGACACCCUCCUCUACGUUUCCUCCCAACCGAAACCCGGACCCAGUUUCCACGACUCGACCCGUGUGCGACGGCGAGCAGCUUCGCCAGGGACGCGCUUCCGGUAGCCCCGGUAGCAGCCCGGGGGUCUCCAAUGCUGCCGACUUCGUAGGCACCGAGUUUUACAUGGACGAGUCUCUGCCCAGCAGCCUCAGCGAGCACCCUGAGGACUCGCAACACCAGGCUAUCUUUUCUCUUCUUCAGGAGAAUCUCGGCAACACCCGUGGGGAAGUGGAGCGUCUUCAGGGUCUCCUGAGGACGACUAAGGCCGUGGCUUGCGAAACUCUGCCGGCUCUUCGGGAGGAGCUCGCUGCCAUCAGGGAAAGUACCAACCUGGAAAGGAAGAACUUCAACGAGAUGGUAGAGAAGAUCCGAAGAGCUCUGGAUAUACAAUCGGAGGAGUGCAUGUGGGCUUUCCGGAAGUUCAAGCAAGACUUCAUCAUCGACCACGAGCGGGAACUGGAAGACCUGGAGGAGACCAUUCGAAGCCGCGAGGAGGAGAUCAGGACCAUGAAGCAGACCAUCCUGGAGAAGGACACGGAGUUGUCGGAGCAUCAGAGAAUGGUGGGCACUAUCAGACAGAAUUUGGAGGCCGAGCAGGCGGAGGUGCAGAAACUGCAGUCCUGUCUGGGGUCGCUGAACGUCGCCCUGGAGCAAGCCAAGGAGGACAAGAUCAACGCCAUCAAGGAGGCCAACGAGGCACACAUCGUGGAGGUCUUCAAGCUUAAGGAGUCGCUCUUUCGCCGGUCGGAAAAGGUCCAGGAACUUGAGGCCAGCCUGGUUGCUGCGCGGGCGGACCAGGAGAAGAUGGUCAAGGAAGCCACCGACAAGCUGUUGAUAGAUUAUAAGCUCGAGGUGCCGACCAUCCUCAGCAGAUUCAAGCUCAUGGAGAAGAGCUUUAACGAGGCUAGCAUGGAUAAGAUGGAGCGAUCUGACGUCAUCGAACGGGCGAACCACGAGGCCAUUAUCGCGCAGUUAAAGGAGGACAUGAACACCGAGAAGUCGCAAGCCAUCGUGGCGGCGAUCGAGAAGGAAAGGAGCAAAUGCGCCGCCAAGUUGGAUCACGAGCUGAAAAUCGCUAGGGAGAGAAACGACGCCGAGAGGCAAGCCAUCUUGAACCAGGCGGUGAUGAGCGCCGCCGAGGAGAAAGAUCGCAUGGAUCUCCAGGAAUUGAGGGUGACUACUCUGACGGAGGAGUGCGAGAAAUACAGGGAUACCAUCAGACGGCUCACGGAGUCCGAGAGCUUGAUGAAACAGAGUCUAGGGAAAAAGAUCAAGUCCCUGGAGGCGGACAAGCUGCGGCUGGAGUCCAAGAUGGCGGCCGAGUGGAAGAUCCUGGAACAAAGGGAGAGCCGCAUCCGAGAAUUGGAGGCGGAAAGAGGGAGACUCCGACAAGUGUUGAGCGAGAAGCGACAAAAGGCGAGCCAAGCUGGUCCUGGAUUGGAGGAGACCCUGAAGGGCCUGGGGGCAGAGAAGGACCAGGCAGAGCUGGAGAUGCACAGCAACAGCGACGAGGCCGAGGUCUCGGAAUCGAAGAAAGUGCGCCUGGAGGCCGCUGGUGACCCGGCUUGUCUCUCGAGGAAGCUCGAGGCCCUGGAAGCUGAUAAUAAGAGGCUGAAUGCCGAGCUGAAGAGCAUCCGAGAAGCCCAGGAGACCGCCGAGGCCAAGGUCAUGGCCCUGGAGGACGACAAGGUGCGCCUGGAGAUCGAGCUCGUGAAGGAGAGGUCCAGAAGGGACUUGGUCGCGGAUGGAACCCCGACUUCCGCCACCGAGGGUCGCGAUAAGGAGAUGAGCGCCUCCGUCUCGGUCAUCUUCGAGCCUUCCGUCAGCAAGGAACCCGCGAUUGGCUCGGAAUUAGCCCGAGGGGAGGACCCGGCAUCUGCUAGGAGCCACUUUUUCAUGUCGCCGAUUUUGGUCAAGGCGAUGGUCAGGAACAGGCUCGCCAACCUGCCCGAUUAUCUCUUCAGCUUCGGUCGCGUCAACUUCACUCGCUGCAAUCCUGGGGACAUCGUCUCGGUCUACUGGGACGCCCUACACGAGAAUUACACCAUUUUGCUGGACACCAUCACCCUCUACUUCAUGAACCCGGAGGCCAUGCCGAUGCUGGAACUCCAGGCCGUCCCGGGCGGGCCUCCAGUACGCCUCGCCACCAUCGGCGAGGUUGUCAGUAAGGAGUACUGCCAUGCCAAGAAGUCUGGAAAUCGGUACAAAGUGCCGCAAGGUACGAAGUUCUUCAGGGUUCGGUUGAAGCCGGUGACUGGAAACCUGGACCACAUCGAAGCGGUUUGCAGGAGCAUCGAGCAGUAAUUCGAGAAAUCGAUCAAGGAGGAAACCUCGUCCCUGGAGAAGGACCCUCUUCAGGAACUCGCGCCUGGAGGAGGCAGCUCGUCCCUCGCCCUGUAAGAAGCCCUGAAGAAGACGCUGGAGAGCCUCGACAAGGCGAGGGAGGGGAAGAGAAGUCUUCGUUCACUCUUCUGAUCCGGUCUCACGGUAUUUUGGAAAUCGCGCCGACUAUCGGUUACGCGAAGAACACCUCGAGAAGCACCUUGAAGACUGAUCAGGAGAGGAAACGUCGAAGGGACACGUAGAGGCGGAAAUUCGCGAGAACCUCGAUUGGUGGUCAUUCUUCAUUAUUUUGUUCUUAACUUUAAGAGUACAGUACAAUCCCGUUAUAACGCGAGCAAUUAUAUAGGGGAUGUAGAGAACAUUUUCUUUUUUUUUUUUUUUUAAUGUCGAAUUCUGUGGACCCAACUCACAAGCUCCGAUUCUUUGCCACUUGGAGUGGAGUCAUUCUAUCAUGCCACGAUUGAAUAUUAAAUUAUACCGCGAUUAAACGUUAAAUUGUACCGCGAGUAAACGUUAAAUUACACUGCGUGCGAUUGAUCGUCGAUUGACAAUCGAUCACCGGUUACUUCAGACCCGAUAUUUCUCUGAUUUACUAUUUUUUUUUAUCGUCGCAACAAGAGCACGCUGGUCAGUCCGAUCGUUGUCGGAGGUGCGUCAAUGUCCAAGUACUUGCAUACAUUAGACGGAUAUAAACGGUCUAAUUGUAGAGUACCGCUAGCUCACACUUCUAGGCCACUCGAGGGACCUGUUUAAUCGAAUUGGAGUUUGCAAGUUCCCCGGAAAGCGAGAAUUAUUUACCAUCCAACCGGUAGUGGAGAGCACCUCGUGGUAGCGUACUGUAAUCGGUCGAUGUAACUAGAGUAUGAUUGAAAUUACACCCAAGACCGCUCGAAUGAAUCUUGAUUUCCGUAAAGCGCUUCUAAGCGAGACCGACUUUGAGGGGAAUGUGAUUUUUUUUCUUUAAGUAGAGUUAAAGAGCGGAAUUUGUCCUUUCCGAACGUCUCGUCGAUGUUGAAAGGUACAAGCGAUUGCUUUCAUUUCGCUUAUCAGCAAUAUCUUGUCUAUUUCGAGGGUGGAUUAUUAUUUCAAAGGUUAAGAUCCAAGGCUAAGGUGUAAUGUAAAAUUCUAAAUCAAAAGUCGAUUCUUAAGUGGAGAUCGGUACUUUUCUCGCGUUUUUCGGGCUCGAGAUGAAACUGACGCGAGUUCUGCCGAUUUUAACCCGCGCCCGGACGUCAUAAAUCGUCUUCUGUGAGCAUCGUUUCGGUGACCUACGUUAUGCAACGUGAAAGAUAUAUAAAAGGAAAUGUCCUUACUCCAGAAUGAGCGUAUAGCUACGUUAUAACGAAGGCGUACUGUGCGCUGAAAUAUCUUGCGGUUAGUGUAACGAGUACACGAGGAACACCCGGUUGUGACGCCAUGGCCGAGGCCAACCGCGUGCGAGGCGUUUAAUUGUGAUAUAAAUAAUUUUUAAACGAGUGAAACAUAAUUGCCGAAUUGCUGUGGAUAGCUGUGACUGUAUCGCGAGAUUUCCAUUAUCCUCCUUCCCCCCCUCUAGAUUCUCCAAUUCGCGUUUCUCUCUCUUCUCUGCUCUGUAAACGCGAACACUUCGAUCUUUCCUCUCUGUCCUUUCCUCCUCUUCUUCUUCUUCUUCUCUAUCGUUUGUUUUUUCCUUUCUUUCCUUAGAGUCGAAAGGCUUUAGAAGUUCCCAUCCCUUUGUAAGGCCCAUCAUCCGUUUUCUCGCCGGAAGUUGACGAGGAAGACCUUGAAGAGGACGUUCCUUCGGCUCUUCUUCGUCGGCUUCUUCGCGCUGCUUUUAUGCACCACCUAGAGCAAGAGUUUAGUCGUAAGUUUUUUGCAGAAUGAAAUUGUAUGCUGCGAUAUGAGCGGGUUCGAUGGCGAGUCGAGCUUGGAUCAUCAUCGAAAAGGGGAAAAUCGGCGUUUUUGGCGACUUUCCCUUUGUUCGUCUAGCCGAUGAAAUUGUGACUUUUUCGAGAUUGAAGGCUCGGCUCGUUGGAGAGUCCGGUCUCCUCUGAAAGUAGAUUUACGUUUAGGCAAGUACCCGAGGAAAACGAGAGAAAAGUGGAAAAAAAAAGCGUCUCAUGAAAAGUAUACCGCGUACACGACACACAUCUACACCGGUAUAUAUGCGCGUAUGUAUAUACUGGGACCAUCACACACACACACACACACACCUACACGUUGAAGUGUGCAAUAUUCUCGCGUACGAGAUGUAUUCGUAAUGGUACCAUAGACCUUUAAGGUGAUCUUUUGUAAAAGCGAGGCUCCGCCGUGCAAUCGAUGGGAGAUAAUCAAUGGGGAGCUUCGACGAGCAGCUAGGAAAUUACUUUAAUACUUUCGCGCAAGGGAGCGCCUCGAUCGGUCCAGAUUUCGACAUAACGAAACGAUAUUUACAAGAAACGAAGGAAGAAAACAGAGGAAAAAAAACAAGUCUCCUGUAGAGCGCAAAGUACGUUUAAAAAGCUAUAAAUAGGGUGAAGGUUCGGUUUUUUCAGUUUAAAACAUGUAUUAUCCGAAACUACCGAGUUUCAUGACGGGGGCAUUUUUUUUUUGGAAAAUCACAAAACGUCUUUAGGUAGUCUGAUCGAGAUUUCGGCACGAUAAAGACAUAUUUACAAGAUGCCAAGAGAAAAAGAAAAAUAAGUCUCCUCUAGAGCGGAGACUUUAGGCCGCGGAAAAGUCUGUAAAAAAAAAAAAAAGAAACUGUAAAUAAGAUGAACCUUCAAUUUUUUACGGUUUAAAAAAUGUAUUUUGUUGAAACUAGGGAAUUUCAUAAUGGAGGCAUUUAUUUGGAAAAUCGCAAAAAUCUGGACCGAGAGAGCGUCCCUUCACGCUCAUUUUUUGUAUAUACGUAUACGUGUAUUUCGAGAGCACCGCUUGAGUCGUUUCUUCUCUUCGACUGAUCUCUCGACAGCGCCAAUUCGACGAGUUUGUCUUUCAUGUUCUGACGCGAGAGGAUUUCUUUUCCUUUUUUUUUUUUUUUAGCGAUGUGUAAAGCGCAGACGAAUGACUUAGUCCCCGUUGAGGUGGUCGGUUUGCGAUGAAAUUAUUAUAAUUCCGGUCCUCGCAGCGAAAGAGAGCGAAUUAUAAUUUCGCAGGCUUGAUCCUUCUCUAGGGUCCAAUCGGAGGCGGUCAUUGCCGAUUUAGAUCCUCGCCUCGGAUCAAGCGAUUAACGAUCGAUUUGCGAUCGGGUUUCGAUCCCUCCAUCGAUCGUCGAGAACAUCUCAAGAAGCUGCGAGGACGACGCAAAAUUUAUUAUAUAUAUAUAUAUAUCUCCUCGUUUCCUGACGAUGGAUCCUUCGCGAAGUCUCAACGGGACUGCUUUGUGAUUUUAUAUGCAAAAAUUGGAAAGAAAGAGAACCGAAAAAAAAAAAAUGAAAAAACGUAAGAUUAACGGAAGAAGACGAAGAGACGCGACCUGGCGUCGACCGUAAUUGCGAAAGUCAGGAAGCGGUGGAGCGGCCAUUGUUGCUGCUUUUGCGAUUUCUCGCUGUUAAUUAUUUAUACGGCGACACCGGGCGUUGCGACCUUUGCGUGGCGCGCGCACGCGCGGUCGCCCCGAAUCGAUGAAUUUUUUUUAUUCCCGAUCGAAGAGCUCGAUCGACCCCUGGAAAAAUAUCCCACGGCACGAGAAGACGCUCUCGCGUAUGUGGAAAAAUUCUCGCCUCCUUCGAGCUGGUCCUUCGGUCCAUAUUAAUUGAAUUCGCCGGACGCGUGCGCGCGCGCUCGGUACGUAGGAUUUAAUUGUAAAGAUUUCUUUUUAUACACUGCGAUCGGUGACCAUACACGGUCGAGAAUCGGCGAGCCGAGACCUCUUUUCUCGAAUUAUCCCCGGAAAAUGGCUCUUUGAAAGACCGUUUUUUUUUUCCCUAUUUGUUUAGAUUUUUCGGAGGGAUUCGAGGGAGGAAAAUAAUUCCCGGCUCGUCUUCCACUGAGGGAUUCCCGAUAGGAUUUUUUAGUACGACUCCUGAACGCCCUCGUGUCAACCUCGAGGGCCUUCUACGGUAUUACUAUGAUUAAGCUACUCUACUAUUAUUAAUUCUUAAUUAUCAUUAAUUAUUCUCAUUUCAGCGAGCCACGUGCUCGCUUAGUAUCUCGUACGAUUAGCUGUGAUUAGUGUAGAGCCCUUAUUGGAGUCUCCGUGUGAUCUGUUUCCCAGAACGUCGAGGAGCGUUAUUCGGCAGCCGUCAAAUUCCCGGCACGGCCAUGCGUCGAUUCCUGGACAAUGUUCCAAACGCGUCCUUAGAGUCAUUCGGGAAUUUAAAUCGAAGUCCUGAAAUGAAAAACUAGGAAAUAAAAUAGAGGAGGAAGGAAGUCGAGCGACGAGGUCCUCCGUCCGCUUUCUGAGGAUAAUCUUGCAUGUCGGACGGAAGAAAAAAAAAAAAGAAGGAGAAAAAAGUGUCUAGUUAUCGAAAAUUCCCCGGGUAUCUCGACAUGCGCAUAUUUUUUUACGGAUUUUAGCCUUUCGACGAAUUUUUGGGCGUUUUACAGUCUCCAGCGGAAACGAGGAGGACUCUCUCGCGUUCGACGUCGCUUCCUCUCUCUCUAUCUCUUGCAAAAAAAAAUCCAUACAAAUUUCUAAAGUAUCAGGACAUGAUUUUCGAGUGUUUUCCAAGGAUCUGAAAUUAAAGCGAGGAUCGCACAAGUCUAGAAAUCGGCGCACUCGGUGUAUAGAAUCGCUGUCGAGAACGUCUUCGUCGUCCAUAUCCUUGAUAUAUCCUGGGUGGCGAGGGUCCUUCGUCCCGAGGAGGUCCUUGCUCCCCCCCCCCCCAGGACCCCAGUAAAUAAUUCUUAGACCCGUAGACCUCCAGAGCCUCGUUCUAGACCAUAGAGCCCCGAAAACUCGGUUUUCCGAAUCAAUCGUCAAGGAUAUCGGCAGGAUCACAUUAAGUAAAAUCAACUUUCUCCCCGUAAAAGAGAGGAUCCUUGAUCCUGGAAAUUUGGAGAAACAGGGACCGGCCUUUUCCGCCCUCUGACGCCCUGAAGAUCAAUUACUUAAUUCAUUUCCACCCCCUAAUCGUCCCCUUUAAAGGAUAUACCCUUAUCUCUUUAUUCUUCCCUACUCCCCUCUAGGCUAAGACUUAUCGAUCGCCACGAUUUUUCGAGUCUUCAUCCGAUCGAUCGGCGAUCGAUACUCCCCGCUACGAUUGCCCGAAGUCGUUCUUUAUAUGGUGGCCACGAACACUUCGGCAAGGCCCGGCCGGACUCCGGUGGAGUUUCCAUAAAUUAAUUCGCACGUUCUUUGGAAGAGGGAAAAGCAAAAAUCGUAAAAUCGACGAGCGAGAUAAAUGUGAUAGCGCUGUGAAGAAAAAAAAAUUUUUAAAUGUCCUCGAUCGACCGCGAUCGCGAAUGAUAAAACCUAUCUGUGUCGAUUUUCGAUUUCUUUGCUUUUCUUUUUGCGGGUAUUUCGGCGACCAAGCACACACACACACUUUAUGUAUUCCCAUGUAUACACGUGGAAGCGAUCGUGCCUGAUAUAUGGGGUAUCGUUAAAUAUCGAUUUCCCGAUUUCGCGGAUUAAUCGAUAUAUGCGAAAAUGGGAAGUCAAAGGAGACGAAGAGGUCCGGCUGGGCAAAAAUCGGCCAGCGGCGUCGACGAUCGAUGAAGCGACUUUCGAUUGAUGCACAGCACCGUGGAAAUGGAAAUUUAGCCGAACCUAGGGACCUAUUUCUGUAUAAAUACCGAUAACUGUGAGCCUAGAAUGUGGCCGGACACCGUGCAGGAUCUCUAGGUGGCACAUAAGUGCACGCAAGUGCAGGACAAGUGCACGGUAUGAAUGGGAGCAUGUAAUUACAAGGAUUGCCGCACGUUACCUGGGACAAUUAGGGAUGCACUUCUUAUCCCUCGAUCUCACCCACUAUGCUAGAUAGUAAGACUCACGAUAUUUAUAGCGAAAUUUAACGAGCAACUGCAUAAUGUGUACCGAGCGCACUUGCGACGUGCAUAAAGGGGCUUGGAAGUGCAUCCGAUUACUUCAGGGAAUGUCGAGACGUGCGGGUAAUCCGGUGCAUGAUUUUUAACGUUAGGAUGAAUAAUAAAGCGCCCGGGGGUCUUUUUUGGAAAUUGCCCGAAAUCGCGGGGAUUUUGAUUUUUUUCGAGUUUGAGGGGCGAGAGAGGGAAGAAAAAAUAUAUGUAUACAGGGAACGCGAAGUCGCGCUGCACGGGAGUUCCGAAUAGCACGAAUUUGUACAUCCGUCUAGCACGAAGGAGUAGCCUAAGUAGGAAUAUUAAUACAUUAAAGCAGUCACGAGAUACGUCAUUAAGAUGUACGCACACACAGGAAGGCGCGGCUUCGUCCCUGAAUUGAAUAUACAGAAUAUUAUGCGCUAGAGUAAAAAGAAAGAGGGACACCCCGGUCAGCCAUUGCACUCGGAGAGGAGCUUUCUAAAGAAAUAAAUAGAUAUAAAGAUAUUACCAUGUUUCCACCCUUCAAAAGGAGGGAAAAAAGGGAGCCGAAGAAGCCCUCAAGAGCGAUUUUCCGAGCGCGCUGGCCGAGGGAAAUAAUUAAAAACUAAUAGACAAACGCGGUAGGCCAUUGCACUCGGAGAGGAGCUUCCUAAAGAAAUAAAUAGAUAUAAAGAUAUUACCAUGUUUCCACCCUUCAAAAGGAGGGAAAAUAAGGGAGCCGAAGAAGCCCUGAAGAGCGAUUUUCCGAGCGCGCUGGCCGAGGGAGAUAAUUAUAAACAAAUAGAUAAACGCGGUAGGCCGUUGCCCUCGGAGAGGAGCUUCCUAAAGAAAUAAAAAGAUAUAAAGAUAUUACCAUGUUUCCACCCUUCAAGAGGAGGAAAAAAGGGACCCGAAGUAGCCCUGAAGAGCGAUUUUCCGAGUGCGCUGGCCGAGGGAGAUAAUUAUAAACAAAUAGAUAAACGCGGUAGGCCGUUGCCCUCGGAGAGGAGUUUCCUAAAGAAAUAAAAAGAUAUAAAGAUAUUACAUGUUUCCACCUUUCAAGGGGAGGAAAAAAGGGACCCGAAGAAGCCCUGAAGAGCGACUUUCCGAGGUGCACUCGACCGAGGGAGAAAAUUAAAAAGUGAAGUCGAAGUCUCCGCGUUUUUCAUUUCAUGGUUUUCCACGAUCCUGCACGGUGCGACGCGGAUAAUAAUUAGAAUUAUAUUUUUUAAUUUGGAAUUUCCUCCGCAUCUUGUAUUUAUCCUGUAUCCUCGGACGAAGAGGGUCGGUCCUCGGGUCUCCAGGGGAGAGAGAGAGAGAGAGAGAGAGCAAAUCUCGAUUUCGAUUUAGCGAUCUCCUCGAUAGCGACGAAGCCUCGAUAAGGAACACCGGGAGUUUUAUUUUCUUUUCCUAGAUUAAGGGCGAGAUCUGUCGAAGAUGACGAAAUUCCGUCUUUCCGCGUAGGGGUUAGGUUAGGUUCCGCGUCGCGAUUCGAGGCUAAGGAGGGAAGAGAGGAGGGCCGAAGAGAGGCCCGAGAUCCCGCGGGAAGAGGAGAAAAUACGGGAUCCGGGACGCGUCUUUGGGCCGAUCUUUUCAGCCCUUUACUUUGCCCCAUUCGGAGACGUCUCGCGAUCUGGCGACCGAGAGAGGGACAGAUGCAAGGAAAGGGAGGAGGAGAGAGAGAGAGAACACACCGCUACAAAUACGCCUGUAUCUCUGCAUAACGAGUUAUGGAUUUGUGAUCGUCAGGAAUAUCUGUUGCGAAAUAAAGAGUCCAAUCGAGG